GGAAGUGAUAUUACAAAUAAUACAGAAUAUAAUCAAUUGAAUAUCACAAAUUUAGACCAAAGAAACCAAGAGGAUAACAUCCUACAAGAUACAACUAAAAAUUCGAAUGAUAAUAAUGUAUCUGAUAUCACUUCUAUUAUGGAAAUAAGCAAGACUAAAGAUGCACAAGACAAGACAACAAAACCACGCUACAAAAAAUUAAAGACCAAUUCUGAUGCUAGUGAUAC